UAUUUGACAUACGCGAAUGUAAUGGAUAGUGAAGGUGUGCGGACGGACUCUCAGCUUCAGCAGUUUGUUGAAAUCGAGUCUCAAAAGCAAAGGUUUCAACAGCUGGUUCACCAAAUGACAGAAGUCUGUUGGGAAAAGUGCAUGGAUAAGCCUGGUCCAAAGCUUGACUCAAGGGCAGAGGUGUGUUUUAUAAGUUGUGUUGAACGCUUUAUUGACACAAGCCAGUUCAUCCUCAACAGACUUGAACAAACUCAGAAGACAAGAGACUCCUUCUCAGAGACCAUAACAGACUAGCUGGAACCUGACACCAGAACAGACAUUAUCUGUUACCACACUUGUGAAAUAACUGUAUAUAAAUGAAAUAAAAUAAAAAAAUUAAAUGUGAAAUAAACUAUUUUUUAUUCUUUUAAAGUGCAUGUUUAUUGUUUAACACAAUACACUGCUUGGCCAAAAAAUUGCACAGAACGUUGCUGGGCCUAGACCUGACCAUCUGAAGCAACCCCAGACCAUAAUGCGGCUUCCAGAGGCUCGUACAGUGGGCGCACUGCAUGAUGCUUUCAGGUUUGAAUAAUGUGUUUAGAGGUUCUUACCGCAGUUACAAUAAGAUUAAAUCUAUGUAGUAUUAUUAUUAUUUUUUUUUUUGCUUGAUGCAGCCCAAUAAUUUUAUCCAACUUUUUUGGCCAGGCAGAGUAUUUUAAAACAUAUUGAUUGAAUAUGUAAAAAAAAAAAAAAAACAAGGAACAAUGAAACCUCAUCUAAAACAAACUCCUAUUUCUAAUAUAGCAAGUUUUAGGUAUGGCAGCUGGAUAAUUUGUUUCUAAAAACAUCUUGCAUCAGUUUACUUCCCACAUACAUUAUUAGUAGGAGUACUCUCUCUACUAUUGUUAUUGUACUUGCAAUUAUUUAGUUGGGACUGAAAAGUAUGGUGUGCUAUUACUACUUUUUUUGUUGUUAAAUACAUACAGUGCAAUUGGAAAGUAUUCACAGCGUAUCACUUUUUCACAAUUUUAUGUCACUGCCUUAUUUUAAAAUGGAUUAAAAAAAAAAAAUCAACACCCCAUAAUGACAACAUAAAAAAAAAUUACUUGAGAUUUUUGCUAAUGUAUAUAAAAAUAAUUAUAUAUGCAUAAAAUGCACAUGUACAUAAAUAUUCACAGCCUUUACAAAAUUGAGCUCAGGUGCAUCCUGUUUCCCCUGAUCAUCCUUGAGAUGUUUAUGCACCUUAACUGGAGUCCACCUGUGGUAAAUUCAGUUGAUUGGACAUGAUUUGGAAAAGCACACUCCUGCCUAUAUAAGGUCCCACAGUUGACAGUUACAACCCUGGCUCAGGGAAGCAACAUCAGGGACAAAACAUGGGUUUGCCAAUCAAAUAUAAUUUAUUAACUUAAAUUGUCAAAAAUAAAAAAGAUCAACACUAGAGAGAAAAAACACUGCUGCCAAGCUAGUAGCACAGCCAGAGAGUAAGAGCCAGUCCUGGGAUUUAAAAUGGCUCCCUUUCAGGUGCCAUCAAUCAACAGCUGAUUGCAGGUCAUUCCUCCGGAGAUUAAAAAACUAAAUCAGAUUACACCCACAUAACACUCCCACCCUUAAAUAGUUGCUAUGAAAAAAC